AUGGUGGAGGGGUCGAUGUGUAAGGGGCCCAAGGUGGGAGAGGCCGAGUUGGGAGGGGCCAAGUUUUUAGGGGCAAGGCUUUUAGGGGGCGAGCUUCUCCUCCGGAGCUCCGUGAUGGCAGCUGUGGCUGGAGAAGCUGAGCUCUGCUUUCCAGAACUCCUGAACAGCUCCUGCAGGAGGAUAAAAUAUCCUCCCUCAACAUCCGUGCUCAUCUCCAUCACUCUGUCCUCCGUCUCUGUGCUCACCGUGACGCUAAACCUGCUGGUCAUCAUCUCCAUCUCACACUUCAAGAGGCUCCACACCCCGGCCAACCUCCUGCUCCUCUCCCUGGCUGUCUCGGACUGCAUGGUGGGCCUCCUCAUUUCCCUCCAGAUCUCUCUGAUAGACGGCUGCUGGUUCCUGGGCGACGCCAUGUGCGUCCUGUACUGGGUCCUGGACCACGUCAUCACCUCGGCCUCCAUAGGAACCAUGGUGCUCAUCUCGGUCGACCGCUACGUGGCCAUCUUCUACCCUCUGCACUACCCCGGGAAGGUGACUCUGAGCAGGGCGAGGCUGUGCGUGGCCCUGUGCUGGAUUGGCUCGGCCCUGUUCCACUGCCUUUUGCUGAUGGAGGGCCUGAGGAAGCCCGGCCUGUACGCGUCCUGCUCGGGGGAGUGCGUGCUGUUCGUGGACCCGGUGGGCGGCCUGUGCGACCUGCUGUUCUCCUUCGUGGGCCCCGUCUCCGUCACCGUGGUCCUGUACCUGCGGGUGUUCGUGGUGGUGGUGACUCAGGCCCGGGCCAUGAGGGCCCAGAGGGCCCAGAGGCCCCUGGGGCUCGGCGCGAGGAGCUGGAGCUCCGAGGCCAAAGCCGUGCGCACGCUGGCCGUGGUGGUGGCCGCGUUCCUGGUGUGCACGUGCCCCUUUUUCUGCGUCACGCUGGCGGCUCGGGACGCCGGCGUGAGCGCCGCCUCCGUGGCCGUGCUCCUCUUCUACUUCAACUCCACCCUCAACCCCCUGAUCUACACCAUCUUCUACCCCUGGUUCAGGAGCGGCGAGAGGAUGAGAAAGGAGGAGGAGAGGAGCUUAAAAAACGGCGGCGGUCAGCGGGAUCCUGGAGGCUGGAAGCUGCUUCCUCCUGAGGCGAUGGAGGACACAGAUCUCUGCUUCCCUCAGCUCAACGCCUCCUGCAGGAGCCCCAGGCGGCCGCACUUCGAGGUCCUGCUGAUUUACAUCAUGCUGUCCUCCAUCUCUCUGCUCACCGUGACGCUCAACCUGCUGGUCAUCAUCUCCAUCUCACACUUCAGGAGGCUGCAGUAUCCUGAGUCCAAGCUCAUAAUGACUUAUGUUGCUCUGUCCUCCAUCUCUCUAGGCACUGCAGCUCUCAACCUGCUGGUCAUCAUCUCCAUCUCACACUUCAGGCAGCUCCAGACCCCCACCAACCUCCUCCUCCUCUCUCUGGCUGUCUCUGACUUCCUUAUCGGCCUAAUUUUGUUCUUUUAUCAGAUCGUGCUCAUGGAUGGCUGCUGGUUCCUGAGUGAUAUCAUGUGUACUCUGUAUCAGUAUUUAUCUUACAUUGUCACUUCGGCCUCCGUAGGAACCAUGGUGAUAAUUUCUGUUGACCGUUAUGUGGCCAUUUGCCACCCUCUGCAUUACUCUACCAAAGUCACACAGAAAAGAGUGGAAAUCUGUGUCUGUGUGUGUUGGAUCUGCUCUGUGGUGUUUCAGAGUCUGAUUCUGAAGGAUAACCUGAAGCAGCCUGACAAGUUUGACUACUGCCUCGGGGAGUGUGUGCUUACUGUGAACUACAUAGCGGGAUACGUAGAUAUGAUCUUUUCUUUCAUCGUUCCAAUCACUGUGAUAGUAGUUCUGUAUCUCAGGGUGUUUGUGGUGGCGGUGUCUCAGGCUCGGGCCAUGCGCUCUCACAUCGCUGCCACCCACCUCCAGAGCUCAGUAACUGUUAACAAGUCUGAGCUGAAAGCAGCCAGGACUCUGGGGAUUGUUGUGGUUGUAUUUCUUGUCUGCCUGUGUCCAUAUUACUGUGUCGCCCUCUCAGGCCAGGAUAGCUCUCUAAGUACAGAAUCUGCAUCCUUUGUUAUAUAUCUGUUCUUUUUUAACUCCUGUUUGAACCCCAUAAUCUAUGUGUUUUUCUACCCCUGGUUCAGAAAAUCAAUCAAGCUCAUUGUGACCCUUCAGAUACUGAAGCCUGACUCCUGUGACUUUAACUUGAUAUGCUUCAGCAUCAACGAGGCUACUGUUCUGGGCCAAGAAAGCUCUUUCAAUGGUUCAUCUACUGUGUUUCUCAUAUGUCUGUUCUUCUUUAACUCCUGUUUGAACCCCAUAGUCCAUGUGGUUUUCUACUCCUGCUUCAGAAAAUCAAUUAAACUACCCUUCAGAUACUGA